AUGCCGCCGCCCGCGCCGCCCACCGAGCUGGUGCCGUCGGAGCGCGCCGUGGUGCUGCUGUCGUGCGCGCUCUCCGCGCUCGGCUCGGGCCUGCUGGUGGCCACGCACGCCCUGUGGCCCGACCUGCGCAGCCGGGCACGGCGCCUGCUGCUCUUCCUGUCGCUGGCCGACCUGCUCUCGGCCGCCUCCUACUUCUACGGGGUGCUGCAGGACUUCGCGGGCCCCUCGUGGGACUGCGUGCUGCAGGGCGCGCUCUCCACCUUCGCCAACACCAGCUCCUUCUUCUGGACCGUGGCCAUCGCCCUCUACCUGUACCUGAGCAUCGUCCGCGCGGCGCGCGAGCCUCGGACCGGCCGCCUGCUCUGGGCCUUCCACGUGGUCAGCUGGGGGGUCCCGCUGGCCAUCACCGUGGCAGCUGUCGCUCUGAAGAAGAUCGGCUAUGAUGCCUCGGACGUGUCGGUCGGCUGGUGCUGGAUCGACCUGGACGCGGAGGACCGCGUCCUGUGGAUGUUGCUGACCGGGAAGCUGUGGGAGAUGCUGGCCUACGUCACGCUGCCCGUGCUUUACCUCCUCAUCAGGAAGCACAUAAACAGGGCGCACGAGGCGCUCUCGGAGUACCGGCCCAUCCUCUCCGAGGAGCACAGGCUUCGGCGCCACACCUCGGCGGCCGACAAGAAGCUGGUCCUCAUUCCGCUCAUCUUCAUUUGCCUCCGGGUCUGGAGCACCGUGCGAUUCGUCCUGACCCUCUGUGGCUCCCCGGCGGUGCAGUCGCCAGUGCUGGUCGUCCUGCACGGGAUCGGGAACACAUUUCAGGGCGGUGCCAACUGCAUCAUGUUCGUCCUCUGCACCCACGCCGUCCGAACCCGGCUCUUCUCUGUGUGCUGCCGCUGCUGCCCUUCCCAGCCUUCCGCCCAGAGCCCGGCUGGCCCUCCCAAGCCUCCUGCGCCCUCCAAGACCGGCGAAGCUCAGGGAUCUAGACACACCCCAGAUGAACUUCCAGUCACCUGAGCUGUUCCCUGCCCGCUUCCGUGCACAGGUGCUGCCUACCUGGGGACAGGUGGUUCCGGGAGUCCCCGCUGCAGGGUGUGCGGCCGGAUGGCUGCGGAACUAUUAACCUUCUGCUUUUCCAGCUCUUGACGCCCGGUGGGGAGGGCAGCCAGCAAACUCAGCUCCUUCUACCUCCUAGAGCCUCCGGGGGCUCAUCCCCACUCACGCCCGCCCGCCCGUGUCCUGCUGCGCUCACUCGGAGGGGUACUCGUCUGCAGGAGGGUCGGCCGUGAGAUUCAGGGCAGCCGGUGGCACGAGGUCACUUUUAGGUCGCCCCGCGGUCCAGCGGUCAUCGGCCCUGGGACCGCGCACAGCACUGUUUACAGUUCGAGGGGCCCACGCCUAUGGGGAGGAGAGCACAGUGAGAUGUGGAUACCGUGCACUCAUCCUAAAUAAAAUGGCAGGGGGUGUCAGAGAUGCGUCCCCCACUUAGA